GAUGGACUUGCAGGAGACGAGUGCUCCAGGAGAGCCGUGUGGUGAGCCUAUCACUGCAGAAGCGGCCGAGGCUUUGGAGAAGGCGGGGCUGGUGCACAUCUUUGGCAGCAGCUUCAGGCGCGUGCCAAGGCGGAAGGACUGCGCCCUCAAAGACUUUGAAGACUCAAGUGCUUUACAUUGUCGCUGCCGGGAGUCUGCGAUGGUAUGUUGGAACUCUGCCAAAGAGGAGCAGGUGGUUGGCGGCUCCAGGCAAGUCCUGGCUUCGAGCUGUGCCAUGCGGCGAGGCGAUGGGAAGUACCGUUUGGACCUGCGUGUGAACAGCAGCGGAGAGGCUGCUUUCCUACUGGAGAUUGGCCUGCUGGUGCAGCCAGACGAUGGGGUGGCCUUCAAGGUAGGUUGCCCCGGAGCAUCAAGACCUUUGUGCCGUGGUGAACUGCCUGGCAAAAGUGAGCCAUUCUUCCGAAUCCUUUCCUUGAUGGAUGUGCUAGUGGAGGGUGUGCGCCUUUCUGUCGAGAUCGACAUGAAAGAGGAUCAAGUGUCGCUUUGGAACCUGGAGCCAGGCGAAUCAUCAGCUCCUGUGCAGGUUUCCGUGGCACAGUGGUUGGCAGUGUCUGGGCGGCAUUGCCAUGCUCGGGCGUGCAGUUGCUCCUAGGGAAAGAAGAGAUGCAGACCAAAACAGGUCCCGGAUGCCAAAUCAGUUUCUCUAUGCCGGCGCGUGAUGUGUAGAAUUCCUACGUCAUCACACUCUUUUAGGCACAAGCUGCUCUACAUGUCAAAGACAAAGAGAGCAAGGCACAUCACCUGUGCUGUUCCGACCUGGACCUGCACCAUCCUGCGCUAGUUCGAGACAUGGAUGUGCGGCCGCCUAUGCAUGUGAAGGUGCCGACCAAGAUGGUCGAGUCUGAGCGCGUGAACCGUGCGGCUCUAUGGCUCUUCAACUUUGCUGACAAUACUGUGUCUGAAAUGUGCAUCCAUACGGCACCUGCCGUGGGCAGCCUGCCGUGGGCAGCCUGCCGUGGGCAGCCUGAGGAUAUAGAGCCAUUGUUUGGACAAAGUCGUGCUUGGGUGGCUCCACCCCAGAGGCGAUAAAAGACAUAGACCAGAUUCAGGGGGAUGCCGCAGAAACUCAAGAGCUAGAUGCAGAACAUUCUGCAUAUGCACAUCGCGUCACUGUGGGCUUUGUCGUCUACCACCCGGCGUACACAUAUUGGGCUUGAUGCUACUGCUAGUGGUUUGAGCUUGUCAUUGGGGAUUUCACAAUGUUUUUGCCUUGACGGGGAAUUGCUUUGGUUUCUUGAGACUGCUGCCACACACUUGAUUUGCAGAGCUUCCCCAAGAAAGUGCUGUGCGCUCGUCAACUGGGAGAGGCCACACGUGAGCACUGGUGGAUGUCAUGCGUUUAGAGGACUUGCAUCGUGGUGAACAUCCUGGCGGCUUUGGCCAAAACAAAGAGGCCCGGGUGUUUGGCCUGGAUUCUGGAUGGCAGUCAAUGACGUGCCCUGGCCCUGGCCCCUCAAAUGACCCGAGGGAAUGUGCUUUGGAGCAUGCUGCAAAGCCUCUUGCGCUCAGAUGAGACUGCCAAAGCUGGGCAGGCGGUGGAGCAACACAGCGAGCAAAACCUAUAGCCUAGACCUAUUAUCCCAAUCUUGGAGAGGGGAGUGGACCUUGUGCAGCAUGCUGCGGGUCAGCGCAAGUGUGAAGCUGUUCUGGCAUACUGUAGCAGCACGGCUGAAGCUUUGCUGAGGAAGUGGAAUAACCUUUCUCAAUCUGUCCGCCAGACCGUUUGCAGUACCUCACAGCUGUGACUGAAGGCAGCGUAGAUUUAAACAACAACUGGUUACUCGUCGAGCUUGGACAACUAGCAGGAACGUUGCAUUAUCCAGAGGCUUACUUUCGCACAGCCAAAGAGCAAGAACUUGCAACCAAAGCAGAGACAUUUUCUCGCACGAAGACGAGUGAUACGUGUGGCUGCUUGCCAGUCCUUUGCAUGCCUUGCAACGGAGGCCGUUGAAGCCUUGCUGACAGAAAGACCCGAGGAGCUUGACUUCCUCGAACGCCUGGUGUGGACACUACAUUCACUAAAGACCAUAGACAAGCUGGAGAAAAACGAUCCUCGUGUGGAAGUCUUGGGUCAAUACUUGCAAAAACCUCAACCACGUCAAUUACUGUACAACUUUGGUGUGCUGUGGGCACGACCCUGCUAUGCUGUUUGUGCCGAAGGGCGUACGGCUGCCAUCCUUAGCCAGGCUGUUGCCUGCUUUUGCCACCCUCGCCAGACACUCCUUAGUGCCACAAAACUUCUAUGAACAUCGAGUCAAGCUGAUCCUAGACUUGCACUCGCCUUUCCAGAUCGAUGCUUUGCGUGGGCCAUACCCUGGCCUGCUAGGGCCGUUGUGAGUACAUUUGCACUUCUCACCCAGAGUGAACUCAUACGCACGAAGACGCGCGAUGCAUGGUUCCAUUCAAGUGUUGGGAGUUGCAAG